AUGAGCUCCUUCUUACGACUUCCAUCGCGAAUCCGGACGCCUGCCUCCUUCGCUCCUCUCGGUCGCCCCUUGACCAACCUCCCCGGGCGAUGCUACGUCCAUAGCACUCCCAAGCAAUAUAACAAGGCCGAUGAGCAUGAACUGGAAAAAGAAGACUGCGACCGUGGCGCCAACCCAAACCACCCAAUUCCUUCCAACAAUGCGCACCCCACUCUUACAGAUGGCAGGCAAUCAAACCUGGCCGAUAUGGAAGGCAAAAAACAUGAGGAUUUACCGGAGGAUGUGAGAAAGCACAAUGAGGAAAUGGAAAACCGAUAUGAUCGACCUUACAACCAUAUCUCGGAUGAGGGCAAUGUUGAGAAAGCGUUCCAAGAAAAGAAAGAAGAGAAAUGA